CUGAUGUAAAAUUUGUUAAAUUAUUAGAAGCAUUACAAUUUUCAGCACAUGGAAUUGAUUACCACAAUGAUAUGCCCAGCACUUGUGCCCAAAUAUUGGAACUAGACGAACUAAUGACACCGUUGAAGUUUGUCCCACUACAAUAUUUUGAUCCCAUUAAUCAGAAAGUUGAUUCAAUUUCUUUAACAUAUUUAUCUCAGUGUAAUAACCCCAGUGUCAACAACUUAAUUCCAGUUGACAUUCGUGGAGAUGGAAAUUGUUUAUAUUAUUCAAUUUUAAAGCUGUUACCAACAUCAGAAGUCACACAUAUUGAACUACGAGUGAGAACAAUCGUAGAACUAGUCAAAAAUUACAAUGACUAUGAACAAAAAUACUCACCGCUAUUUGGUGGAUUGCAUGAACGUAUCAAAGAAAUGGUCAAAAACGAUGAGUAUUCUGAAAUGUAUGAUAUUGUGGGACUUUGCAGUGUUCUUCAAUGUGAUAUUCAAGUUGUUUAUCCAAACAUAGAUUAUACAGAUCAUUUAAACAAAGCCAAUGCUACAUAUAGUCCAUUAAGAACAGCAACUGGUACAACUAAUAAAAUAACUAUCUUGUGGACACAUACAUUAAAAGAAGCACAAGCAAGAGCGUCUAACAAAGGAAAUUGGUCAUCAAAUCAUUUUGUACCGUUACUACUUCCCCGUUCCAGCUUACAGCCGCAAAUAACAACCAUUCCAUCAAAUUCCUUAUGCGCAUCAAGCUAUGCCACGGAAUCUGCAAGAAAAGCGCCACAAAAACAUCCAAUCGAAAAUAAUCAACCAACGUCUAUCAGAAUUCCAGAGUUUUAUUUACCACCAACGACUAGACAACGUCCACAAGCUGUAUUCCAUUCAGAAUGUCUGCAUUCAGCCAGCUCUACUGAGGAACGACGCAAAAGAGAUAGAGAACGCAAACGAGAAUCAAGAAAAAAUCAAACAGCUGAGCAAUGUCAAACAGAAAAACAACGUAAAGCA